GAAGGGAGCACUGAGGCCCGCCACCCAGCUGUGGCCCCACCUCCUUCCGUCAGCCCCUCAGCUGGGGCAGGAGGGAGUGGCCUGGAUGGGCGCCAGGCUACCAGCCGCAUUGCCAGGACACAGAGAAUGGUCUUUGUUGCUGCAACAAUGGCCUCGCAGGCCUUCUAGGCAGGAGCACCCAAGAACCCAGAGGCAGACAUGCAGACCCUGAGGCGGGAGGCCACCCAGUCCUAUGUCCCCCAGGGGGCCCUCGAAGAGGACUUCCCGCCACCUCUCUACAGUGAUGACUACCUGUCCCUGGAGGGGCCCCGCUGGACACCAGCCAUCAAGCAGGCAGUGCGCUGGAAGUAUACACCCAUGGGACGUGACUCUGCCGGCCAGACAUGGUACACCGGCCUAACCAACUCGGACCCCCGUGAGGCCUGGUACACGCUCCCACGGGCCCUGGACAGCCCCUACCGGGAGGCUUAUGCCCACUGGCAUGGAUGCCACAGCCACCGGAAGCACAGCAUGCCCUCAGCCCAAACCCAGCGCCUCCAGGAGACUGCCUGGUAUGACCCCAUCAUGCCCGCUCAGUACAGAGCCCCCAGCACGCGGUGGGGGGCCAUGCUGUGGAAAGACAGACCCAUCCGGGGCAAGGAAUAUGGUGAGGCUGACAUCACAGGGGCCAGGGGAGGGGGUAAAACUGCCUGGGUCCAGGAAACAGGAGCCAGGAGGUGACUUGGGUCCUGUCCCACAGUGGUCAACAGGCACCAAUACGGGGUGGAGCCGCUGGGGCGGGUGUCGGACUACGUACCCUACUUGUCGGCAAUGCAGCGUCCGCUCUACACAACCCAGAACUACCGGCAGUGGGACCUGGAACCCUAUUGCCCAUCCACUGGCCAGCGGUCCCCACCCAUCUACAUGCCCACUGUCUGAUAAAGACCGUCCCCUGUGGGGGCCCUGUGCCUCUC